GAAAAAAUUCGAGUUGGGAUGGAAUGACCCAACUUGACGAUGCCGAAAUGUAUGGAAAGUUAUUACCAAGAGUGCGGUCGAGCCGGACGAGACGGCAACAUAUCUCAUUGUAUUUUGUACUAUAGAUACAACGAUAGUUAUUAUAUCCGCCAAAUGAUUGAAAGUAUUAAUUUAUAUUUGGUUUUCUUAAUGGUAUAUUUUGUUUGUAAGUCUGAGGUUGUUGUUUGUUGUAUAGGGGGCGCAGACACAGACGGCGAUGGAUAUUUCCCUGAAACGGAAAGACUGAAGGAUGUGAUAAAGUAUUGUGAGAACACGUCGUCCUGUCGUAUGUAUUUAAUUUUGCAAUAUUUUGGAGAAAGUUGCAACAGGAAAGUGUGCAACCGAAAAGCCGAGUGCGACAAUUGUCGCCAAUGUAAACACGUCGUAAGUGAAGAUGUAACAAAACAGUGCGCAGCUGUAAUUGAUUUGAUUAGGAAACCCAUAUUGCAAGGGAAAAGUGUCAUCAUUUCUGUGCUUGUAGAAGUGCUCAAAGGCAGCAAUACGCAAAAGACCACCGAUAGCGGACUAUUUUCGUGCCAUGAUUAUGGUUUAUUGGAGAAAUGGCAGAAAAGUGAUGUAUACCGCUUUGUGAAAUACUUGGUAUUGCGCAACUAUCUUUGUGAAUAUCUUAUGCAUGGCUCAAAGGGAAAUGUUUAUGGUGUUUUAAAACCUGGAUUGAAAUCACUUGACGCCAAGGUUGUUUUUUUUUAAAUCAAGUGAUUUUCUCUUUUAACAAAGUUUGUUUUUGUGUUAGGUAUUUUUUUUUUGGCCUUCUGAAAUUUCUGCUGGUACGUCUAUGUCGUCUUCACUUUCAACACCUGAUCCUGAACCUAUGGACGUUAGUGGUGAGCGCUCUAUGACGAUGAUUUUGAAAGCACCAGUUUCAUUGUCAGCCGCGCAAAGAAACGAAAGAGUACAGAUUAGUCAUGAUAAUUAAUUUAUAGUUUCUAUUACUUUUAUUUGGAUUUCUUUUGAAACUUUUGAUCUUUAGUUUGUAUUUCUUUUUGGCUUAAAUCCAAAACAUUUUAUGAUGUACAGAAAAUUAUAUCGCAAAUUCAAAGAUGAAUAUAUUGCCCAUUUGUUUCCCAAUACAUCGAGUGCAUAAUUGACGUGGCUGUGGCUGGUUGAAGUUUUGUCACCAAGAGAGAAGGGAAAAGAGCUAAAGAGAAGGGAAAAAGAGAUAAAA